AUGUCUGAGGAAAACACGCUUAGCCUCUUCCUUGAGGCCUGCCGCAAGGAGGGUGUGAAGCAGCCGAACACGACGCUGAUGGAGUUCUUCCGCAGCAACCCCACGCCCAGCGAGAUCGAGGAGAUUGACCUCAGCCACAACUACAUCGGCAACCGCGGCAUCCUCGCCGUGCUGAGCCUCAUUGAGAGCCUGCCGGCGUUCCGCUUCCUCAACUGCUCGAACCAGAAGCUGUACAACACGGACCUCAGCGAGGACAGCGUUAGGGGGAACGCCACGGUGGACCGCAUUGUGGAGGUGUUCAAGGUGCACCCCACCGCGAACGCGCUCGACAUCAGCAACAACCCCAUCUCCAACUACGCCGGCCGCAAGCUGCUCGUCCUCGCGCAGGUCAACCACCGCAUCUGCCGUAUUGAGCUCAGCGAGACCCGCGUGGACUUUGAGCUGCGCAAGCGCAUCAUGCAGCAGUGCGAGAAGAACACCAUCGCACUCUGGGAGGCGCAGGCGACGGACGGGCCGGAGGUGGAGUGCGCCUUCGGCGAGGGCCCCGUCUGGGUGCCGCGGCAGGUCCCGGCCGACCUGACGGCGAUUGGGGGCGGCAAGAACCGGCGCCGCACCGUCCGCAGCGAGGGGAUCGACCCGGAGAAGGCGAAGCUGUUCAAGCCCCCGUACUUCGAGAAGAGCGAGGAGGAGAUGAACCUCAUCGUGCGGCUCCUCACCCACAACGUCCUCUUCUCCUUCCUCAACACGAAGGACCUCAAGGCGGUGGCGGGGGCGAUGCAGCGCGCCACCUUCAAGUACGACGACUGCAUCAUGGAGGUGGGGCAGACGACGUGCAACAAGCUCUACAUCAUCCAGUCCGGCAACGCCGACGUCAUCAAGGAGGGGCAGAAGGUGUACCUCAAGACGGAGGGCACGGCGGUAGGGGAGCUCGAGCUGAUGUACGACACGCCGGCGGUCGCCACCGUGAAGGUCUGCACCGACGGCCUCAUCGCCUGGGUCCUUGACCGCGACACGUACCGCAACAUGGUGAUGGGCACCGCCAUUCGCCGCCGCGAGACGUACAUCCAGUUCCUUACGAACGUGCCCUUCCUCGGCGGCCUGGACAGCUACGAGAAGCUGCAGCUCGCCGACGCCCUCAGCAGCGACGAGUUCAACCCCGGCGACUACAUCAUCCACUACGACGAGGAGGGGGAGUGGCUGUACAUUAUCAUGGAGGGCACCGUGGAGGUGAUUGGCCGCGACGCGGAGGGGAACCCGACCAACGUCUGCGAGUUCACGCAGGGCGACCACAUCGGCGAGUUGGAGUUCCUCAACCACCACCGCACCGUCGCCGACGUCGUCGCCACCUCGCACGUCAUCACGGCGAAGCUGAACCGCCGCCACUUUGAGAUGUGCCUGGGGCCCGUCAUCGACGUCCUCAAGCGCUGCACCGACGACCCCAAGUACGAGUACUACCAGCACGUGCUCAAGAGCGGCGCGACGCAGCCGUCGCACGCGGAGGAUUAG